AUGGAGACGCGGAUCCGCUCGCAGUUCGGGAGCGGCUGCGACGCGCUGGUGGCGUCAUCAUCCUGUGCACCGCGGCCUGCGGUCGGCAGGUUGCAGAUUGUGGCGAAGACGGCGACGCCGCGGGAACAGAGGAUUCUUCGACACAGGCGCAUCCGAGCAAAGUUGUCGGGAACCCCAGAGAGGCCAAGGCUGUGCGUGUUCAGGUCUAACAACCAUAUUUAUGCUCAAGUGAUCGAUGACAUAGCUGGUCACACCCUAUGUGCUGCGUGCACGCUCACCAAGGGAGUGAAAGAAGAGACUGGUGGGAAAGGCAACAACAAGGAUGCUGCAUUUAAGGUUGGCAAACUUGUUGCUGAGCGGUGUUUGGAGAAGGGAGUGUCCCAAGUGUGCUUCGAUCGGGCUGGAUACUUGUACCAUGGCCGCGUCCAGGCUGUGGCGGAUGGUGCACGAGAGGCUGGCCUUCAGUUUUGA